AUGCACGACCGGCCUCCGUCGGACGGCUCUCCGGCCUCUCCGGCCGCUGCCGCCCGCGCUGCUGCCGAUCCGGUCCCUCUCACGAUCCGCACAAGCAACGACAACUUUGAGGUCGCCGGCUUUGGCCAGGAUGAGGUGCGAGUCAUGAUGCUCGACCCAGCGUGCACCAAGCCGCUCACAUUCCGUGAGUUCGUCAACGGGCCGAACACACUCUCCAAGUCGACGGCGAUCUCGAACUCCGACAACUGGACCGAUGCACCAGCCGCGGAGGACGAUAGCUCCCUCGACGACAUCCCUUCAUCGACGGACGCCUUCACCGCCGCCGGCCCUGGGCCAUUCAUCGCGGCCUCCGACUGGCUGCCGCAGGCCCGCACGCCGGCGACACAGCUUCAGCUGUCGAACUGA